GUUGCGUCGUCAUUUUGGUUGUCUACCUGUUCGUUAUCGGUUUUUUUAAUUUUUCAAUCAGAAAUGGGUCGAGAUUCCGUUGACAAUGGAAGCGAUAAGGAAGAGCGAGAAAGGUACAGAUCUGCGAGGGAUAGAACGUCAGAUGGGGACAAAGAUCAUAAAUCAGUAGACGAUGACGACCUAUCCCCACCUUAUAUUGUAUGCCUCUGCGGACUGCCCUACUCUGCUACUCCAGCUGAUAUUACAGACUUUCUUAGUGGUUGCGAGGUUUUGGGCGGAAGUAAAGGAAUUCACAUUGCCAUUGGAGUCAAUGGCCGACCAAAUGGCAUUGCAUUUGUUGAAUUGAGUGCGUACUCGGAUGUUGUCUGUGCGAAAGAGAAGCACAAGCAGAACAUGGGAACUAGGUACAUUGAAGUUCGCAGAGUAUCUGAGCAGGAAAUGAAACGUCUGCUGGAUAAAUGGAAACCGAGGAGAGACCCUGUGAAUGCAGUGGUCUGCAUCAAGGGACUACCUUACAACUGCACCAAUGAUGACAUUAAGGAAUUUUUUGACGGGUUGGAGAUAGAAACAAACGGUAUUAUGAUUGUAUUGGAUGAAAGGGGUCGUGUGUGUGGUGACGGUUUCGUACACUUUACAUCUCUCAAGUCGGUUGAUUUGGCGCUACGAAAGCACAAGGAGAAAAUUCGACACAGAUACAUCGAGGUGUACAGGAGUGACCUGAGAGAGAUGUACCCCAGAUCUCAUAGCGGCCACCAUCCGUUCCACGGUGGCAGUACCUUUGGCACCCCACAGUUCUUCUUGAAUACUUUUGGAAAAUUAGGAGGCGGGGGUGGUGGGGAUUUCCACGAUUUCAGGAAUAAUAAUAUGGGAUUGCAUGAGGAUCGGCACCAGCACCAUAGAAUGGAUGCACCUUACGGCCGUCGGGAUGAUUUUGGACCCUCCAGAAAUAGGUACAGAGAGAGGGAUUUGGACUAUCGCCGACACCCGUACGACAGACGCUCUCCACCUCCAUAUCGUCGAAAUCGCUCUCCAUCCCCGGACAGACGACAUUCGGACACGUACAGAAAGCCGGCCUACAGAUACAGGGAGCCCGUGCCUCCAUACAGAUCGAAAACUGGACACAGCGUUCACAUGAGAGGCCUCCCUUAUACCGUCUCCAAGGAUCAGAUUAUUAAUUUUUUCAGCCCCGUUCUGCCGGUAGACGUGACCAUAGAGAUGCUGAGUAAUGGGAUGAGGACAGGAAAUGCUAACGUCGAUUUCGCCACUGACGAUGACGUCAGAGAGGCCAUGAUGAAAGAUCGAGAGAAAAUAGAUGCGCGUUACAUUGAGUUGUACAAUAACAAGGAUCGAAAUUGAAGACUUCAUUGAUUGAUUGAUUGAUUGAUUGACUAAUUGAUUGGCUAAUUGAUUGAGAAUAAGUUGUUUUCGUCGAGUGAUUUAAUCAAUAUUUCUCUUUAUUUGUUUGCCAUUAAAGGUUGCGGGCUUGAUGCUGCUAUUGCUAGUUAGCUGCCAACGCUGGCUACGAAAAAAUCUGUAUUUUAUCAGAAAAUUAUGAACCAAUGUAUAGAAUUUUAUCAAAAGUAUCUUACAUCGUU